AUGGGCAAAGUCAAAAGAGUUGCGGGCCAGAAUGAGAAUGAGUCAGGCACACAAAAUGGAAUAGAGAGAACGCACACGCAGAAUAUUUCCUUCACUACUGAGUUUAUCCUGGUGGGUUUAACAGAACAUUCAGAGACCCAGUUUCCCUUCUUCUUCCUCUUCCUUGGCAUCAAUGUUGUCACUGUGGCAGGAAACAUGGGGUUGCUCACUCUAAUUGGACUGAAUUCUCCCCUUCACACUCCUAUGUACUACUUCCUCUUUAAUUUGUCUUUCAUUGAUCUCUGUUACUCUACUGCCAUCACUCCAAAACUGUUGAUAAACUUUGUUUCAGCCAUGAACACAAUUUCCUACGAAGGAUGCAUGACUCAGCUCUUUUUCUACUGCUUCUUUGUCAGUGCAGAAUGCUAUGUGUUGACAGUGAUGGCAUACGAUCGCUAUGUGGCCAUUUGUAAGCCCCUGCUGUACACAGUUACCAUGUCCCCUCAGGUUUGUUCUCUGUUGACUCUCAUUGUGUACAUGGGGGCAUUUAUUGGUGCAUGGGCCCACACAGGGUGCAUGCUGAGGCUGACUUUCUGUAGAGACAACAUUAUCAACCAUUACAUGUGUGACAUCCUUCCACUGUUGGAGCUCUCCUGCACCAGCACUUACAUCAAUGAAGUGGUAGUAUUCAUUGUUGUAGGUUUUGAUGUAGGUGUGCCCAGCAUCACCAUCAUCAUUUCUUACACAUUCAUUCUUUCUAGCAUACUUCGAAUUCAUUCCACCGAAGGAAGGUCCAAGGCUUUCAGCACUUGUAGCUCACAUAUAAUUGUGGUUUCUGUUUUCUUUGGGUCGGGGGCUUUCAUGUACCUCCAUCCUUCUUCUGUUCUCUCCAUGGAUCAAGGGAAAGUGUCCACUGUAUUUUAUACCAUUGUGGUGCCCAUGCUCAAUCCUUUAAUCUACAGCUUCAGGAACAAGGAAGUCAAGGUUGCCCUGAGAAAAACCUUGAGCAAGAAGAUAUUCUCCUGA